GAGGCAGAUAAGAAAUCCUGGGGAGGGGGAGGGCCCAUUAUAUAGUGUGGGGGGACAGGUCCUGCUCAGAUCCUCCUUGGGUGGCCUGUGACUGCUCAGAUCCUGGUGUGAUCUCUCUCAAGAUGCCUGAGCCGGGGAAGAAGCCAGUCUCAGCCUUCAGCAAGAAGCCAAGGUCAGUGGAAGUGGCAGCCAGCAGCCCUGCUGUGUUCGAGGCCGAGACAGAGCGGUCAGGAGUAAAGGUGCGCUGGCAGCGGGGGGGCAGUGACAUCAGCGCCAGUGACAAGUAUGGCCUAGCAGCCGAGGGCACGAGGCACACUCUGACAGUGCGGGACGUGGGCCCUGCCGACCAGGGACCCUACGCAGUCAUCGCUGGCUCCUCCAAGGUCAAGUUUGACCUCAAGGUCAUAGAAGCAGAGAAGGCAGAGCCUGUGCCGGGCCCUGCUCCUGCCCCUACUGAGGCUCCUGGAGGCUCCGGAGAAGCACUGGCCUCGACCACUGAGGAGGAAGGAGGCUCCCCAAGUCCCAAAGGGUCAAGCUCAGCAGCCCCUGAUGGCUCUGGUGCCUCUGAUGACCCCAUCGGCCUCUUCGUAAUGCGGCCACAGGAUGGCGAGGUGACUGCAGGUGGCAGCAUCACUUUCUCAGCCCGCGUGGCCGGCGCCAGCCUUCUGAAACCGCCCACAGUCAAGUGGUUCAAGGGCAAGUGGGUGGACCUGAGCAGCAAGGUGGGCCAACACCUGCAGCUGCACAACAGUUACGACCGGACCAGCAAGGUCUACCUGUUUGAGCUGCACAUUACAGAUGCCCAGACUACUUUCGCAGGUGGCUACCGCUGUGAGGUUUCCACCAAGGACAAAUUUGACAGCUGCAACUUCAGUCUCACUGUCCAUGAGGCCGUUGGCCCUGGAGACCUGGACCUCCGAUCAGCUUUCCGCCGCACGAGCCUGGCUGGAAGUGGUCGGCGGAUCAGUGACAGCCACGAGGACGCUGGAACUCUGGAUUUCAGCUCGCUGCUGAAGAAGAGCAGCAGUUUCCGGAACCUAAGGGACCCGAGGCUGGAGGCGCCAGCCGAGGAGGACGUGUGGGAGAUCCUGCGGCAGGCAUCCCCCUCCGAAUAUGAGCGCAUCGCCUUCCAGCACGGCAUCACCGACCUGCGCGGCAUGCUCAAGAGGCUCAAGGGCAUGAAGCGAGACGAGAAGAAGAGCACAGCCUUUCAGAAGAAGCUGGAGCCCGCCUACCAGGUGAGCAAGGGCCAUAAGAUCCGGCUGACCGUGGAGCUGGCCGACCCCGACGCCGAGGUCAAGUGGCUGAAGAAUGGACAGGAGAUCCAGAUGAGCGGCAGGUGCGGUGGGGCUGGGGGUGGGGGGGGCAGGUGCAGUCCUGGGAGCAGCGGGGGCAGGGAGGCUCCCAGCCUGCUCUCCGUGCCUCUCACGGCCGGCCGCUGCCGCGUUCUCUGUCUCUGUGCGGCUUCUGCCCUGCGUGUCUCUCCCCAUUUUCCUCUCCCUGGGUCUAAUUGCCCAUCUUUCUGUUUCUGCCUGUCUCUGUUCCUCGCCCUUUUGCUCCGGGUCUCGCUUCCUCCCGCCUGGAUGCUCCCGUGGCCCCUUCUGCUCCACAGCAAGUACAUCUUCGAGUCCGUGGGUGCCAAGCGCACGCUGACCAUCAGCCAGUGCUCGCUGGCCGAUGACGCGGCCUACCAGUGCGUGGUGGGCGGGGAGAAAUGCAGCACCGAGCUGUUCGUCAAAGAGCCCCCCGUGCUGAUCACUCGGCCCCUGGAAGACCAGCUGGUGACGGUGGGGCAGCGGGUAGAGUUUGAGUGCGAAGUGUCUGAGGAGGGGGCCCAGGUCAAGUGGCUGAAGGAUGGGGUGGAGCUGACCAGGGAGGAGACCUUCAAAUACCGGUUCAAGAAGGACGGGCAGAGACACCACCUCAUCAUCAACGAGGCGACGCUGGAGGACGCGGGGCACUACGCGCUGCGCACCAGCGGGGGCCAGGCGCUGGCCGAGCUCAUCGUUCAGGAGAAAAAGCUGGAGGUGUACCAGAGCAUCGCAGACCUGACCGUGGGUGCAAAGGACCAGGCGGUGUUCAAGUGUGAGGUGUCCGAUGAGAACGUGCGGGGCGUGUGGCUGAAGAACGGGAAGGAGCUGGUGCCCGACAGCCGCGUAAAGGUGUCCCACAUUGGGCGAGUCCACAAACUGACCAUUGACGACGUCACGCCUGCCGACGAGGCGGACUACAGCUUUGUGCCUGAGGGCUUCGCCUGCAACCUGUCAGCGAAACUCCAUUUCAUGGAGGUCAAGAUUGACUUCGUGCCCAGGCAAGAACCUCCCAAGAUCCACCUGGACUGCCCGGGCCGCAAGCCGGAUACGAUUGUGGUUGUGGCUGGGAACAAGCUACGCCUGGAUGUCCCUAUCUCUGGGGACCCUGCUCCCACUGUGAUUUGGCAGAAGACCCUCACACAGAAGAACAAGGUCCCAGCAGGGCCAUCCCUGGAUGCCCCAGGGGAGGAUGCAGGUGACAGUGACGAGUGGGUGUUUGACAAGAAGCUGCUGUGUGAGACCGAGGGCCGGGUGCGGGUGGAGACCACCAAGGACCGCAGCAUCUUCACUGUCGAGGGGGCAGAGAAGGAAGACGAGGGUGUCUACGUUGUCACGGUGAAGAACCCCGUGGGCGAGGACCAGGUCAACCUCACAGUCAAGGUCAUCGAUGUGCCAGAUCCCCCCGCGGCCCCCAAGAUCAGCAAUGUGGGUGAGGACUCCUGCACCGUGCAGUGGGAGCCGCCUGCCUACGAUGGGGGGCAGCCAGUCCUGGGCUACAUCCUGGAGCGCAAGAAGAAGAAGAGCUUCCGGUGGAUGCGGCUGAACUUUGACCUGCUGCGGGAGCUGAGCCACGAGGCGCGGCGCAUGAUUGAGGGCGUGGUGUAUGAGAUGCGAGUUUAUGCGGUCAAUGCCAUCGGCAUGUCCAGGCCCAGCCCUGCCUCCCAGCCCUUCAUGCCUAUUGGCCCCCCCAGUGAGCCCACCCACCUGGCCGUGGAGGAUGUCUCAGACACCACCGUCUCCCUCAAGUGGCGGCCCCCAGAGCGGGUGGGAGCCGGAGGCUUGGAUGGCUACAGCGUGGAGUAUUGCCGAGAGGGCUGCUCGGAGUGGGUAGCUGCCCUGGAGGGGCUGACAGAACGCACCUCGUUGCUGGUGAAGGACCUGCCCACGAGGGCCCGGCUGCUCUUCCGUGUGCGGGCGCACAAUAUGGCGGGGCCCGGGGCCCCCAUCGCCACCAAGGAGCCUGUGACGGUGCAGGAGAUACUGCAGCGGCCACGGCUCCAGGUGCCCCGGCACCUGCGCCAGACCAUCCAGAGGAAGGUCGGGGAGCCCGUGAACCUCCUCAUUCCUUUCCAGGGCAAGCCCCGGCCUCAGGUGACCUGGACCAAAGAGGGGCAGCCACUGGCAGGCGAGGAGGUGAGCAUCCGCAACAGCCCCACGGACACCAUCCUGUUCAUCCGGGCUGCUCGCCGCACCCACUCUGGCACCUACAAGGUGAUGCUGCGGAUCGAGAACAUGGAGGACAAGGCCACGCUGGUCCUGCGGGUCGUUGACAAGCCAAGCCCUCCCCAGGAUAUUCGGGUCACUGAGGCAUGGGGUUUCAAUGUGGUUCUGGAGUGGAAGCCACCCCAAGAUGAUGGUAACACAGAGAUCUUGGGUUACACAGUACAGAAAGCUGACAAGAAGACCAUGGAGUGGUUCACUGUCUUGGAACAUUACCGUCGCACUCACUGUGUCGUCUCGGAGCUCAUCGUUGGCAACGGCUACUACUUCCGGGUCUUCAGCCAUAACACGGUGGGACCCAGUGACAACGCGGCCACCACCAAGGAGCCUGUCUUUAUCCCCAGACCAGGCAUCACAUAUGAGCCACCCAACUACAAGGCCCUGGACUUCUCCGAGGCCCCAAGCUUCACUCGCCCUCUGGUGAACCGCUCAGUCAUUGCUGGCUACAAUGCUACCCUCUGCUGUGCUGUCCGGGGUAGCCCCAAGCCCAAGGUUUCCUGGUUCAAGAAUGGCCUGGACCUGGGAGAAGAUGCCCGCUUCCGCAUGUUCAGCAAGCAGGGAGUGUUGACCUUGGAGAUCAGAAAGACCUGCCCCUUUGAUGGGGGCGUCUAUGUCUGCAGGGCCACCAACUUACAAGGCGAGGCACAGUGUGAGUGCCGCCUAGAAGUACGAGUGCCUCAGUGAUCCGGCUGGCUCCCGGAGAGGGCCAGGUGCCACAGGAUGCCAGCCCAUGUACUGGGAGCCUGGAAGGAAGCUGGACAAGCCGCCUUCUGCUGCUGGAUAUGUGUGUGCAAGUGUGUAUCUUAGGGUUGGGCUAGUAGAAGCAUCAGUAGGGCAGUGCAAUUAAGGUGAGCGGGCCUGGGGGGCUCGGAGCACGGACUGAACUGAGCUCCCACUGGAAGCUCCCAGGUCUUUGGGACAAACGGGUGGUAGGCUCAGCAAAUGGUGGUUGGGGACAGGCCUUUCUGGCCUGCCAUGUCUUCUCAAUGUAUAAGGGCAAUAAAAGAUCAGUGCGGUCACAGG